ACACGCUCUGUAAUUUGGCCUAACGCACUCCGUUUGAUCUAAACGUACCACUGACGCGAAUAUUGCGGUCACCUGGCAAACAAACAAACAUGGCGUCCUCCUGGGUACAAAGUGUGCUUGGAAAGAAUAUGGAGUGGUAUGCUGCAGCUGGAGCCGUAGCAGUGUCAUACGUUGCGUUUAAGUUAGCAUGUUCUAUUUUAUCUGGACUGAAAUGUUUUGUUUUUGCAAGACCACUUGGACUUGGCGUUGACUUGAAGAAGAUGGGGGCGUGGGCCGUUGUAACUGGCUGCACAGAUGGUAUAGGGAAGUCAUACACAGAGCAGAUAGCUAAGAAAGGGAUGGAUCUUGUUUUAAUCAGUCGUACUGAAUCAAAGCUACAAGCCUUAGCUAAUGACAUCGAAUCCAGGUUUCAUGUGAAGACAAAGAUCAUAGUAGCAGACUUUUCCCAGGGAGCUGCGAUCUACCCUGAUAUAAGUAAAUCUUUAGAGGGACUUGACAUAGGAGUUCUGAUUAACAAUGUGGGGCUAGGCUAUGACUUCCCAGCAUUUCUGCAUGAGGUCCCAGACAGAGACAAGAAAUUUGUUGACUUAAUUAACGUUAAUAUCACCUCAGUGACAAUGAUGACAAGUAUUGUGAUGCCACAGAUGGUGACUAAGAAGAAGGGAGUUAUUGUCAAUUUGUCGUCUGCUUCUGGGAUGAAACCCACGCCCCUCUUGGGAGUGUAUGCUGCUGCUAAGGCAUACGUGGACUACUUCUCCGUGUGUAUGGAUAAGGAAUAUGGUUCCAAAGGCAUCAUUGUCCAGUCGGUGAUGCCAAACUUUGUGACAACCAAGAUGAGUAAGAUAAGAAAGGCUAGUUUGAUGGUUCCUAACCCAGACACCUUUGUUAGAUCAGCCCUGAGUCUCAUCGGUGUGACAAACCGUACCAAUGGUUUCUGGAGCCAUAAUCUACUGGGCUAUAUCACCAAUGCCUUACCAUUAUGGUUUACUUCAUUGAUGUCCUUCAAGAUCUUGAACACCGCCAGAGUCCAAGCCUUUAAGAAGAUUGCUCAGCAAAAGAAAGAAUAGAGAAAGAAAGCAAAGAGGCUUCAAUAUUGUUAUGUAACUAAUUAAGCAACACUUGAAUUUUUUCAUAUUUUAUUUUUGUAAUCAUUUACAUUUUGUGCAUGAAACAAUGUAAUCAAUUAUUAUAGUAAUUUUUUUAUAUCUCACAUGGGACCAUGACCAGUACUUGCUGGGUUCUUUGUAAUUGGUGUUCAAAAACUAGUUAUUUAUUAAUCAGUAUUUUUUACUAGCACUGCAACUUAUUAACACAUUCAUUUAUUUGCUCUUAUUUGUCCAGUGUUUUGGAAUCAUUGAGGCCUAGUGUUAUGUACUCAACGUGAAUUUGUCCUCGUUAAACCUGCUCACGAGAUCACAAAUCUGGAUUUAGAUACCAGAAGUGAUUGAAAGGGAUCUAAGUAACAGUAUUUACAUUUACACUGACGAGCCUCUGAAGUAGACUGCAGUCUCUAAAUAUUGUUGUCAACUAACUAAUUGCACUGUAUUACAUGUAAAUUUUUCCUGUCAGAAACUGUUGUAAAUUUUUCUUCAGUAAUCUUAAAAUUUUAAUUAGGACUAGUCAUACUUUGACUUAAAUCUCCGACAUGAAUCAUAAAUGACUUGUUAUCAAUCAAUGGAUGUGCAGAAAUAAAAAUAUUAAUUUGUAAUUGAUACAGUACAGACUCAGACUGAACGUCAAUCAAAAACUGGAAAUCAACCAGUACAGAUGUCAUUCCUCAUACAUAGUACAGACUCUGACUGAAUGUAUAUCAGAAAUGGGCAGUAUACCAGUACUGUAAUAUAGAAGGAAGCAAGCAGACAUUGUUCAAGUCUACAAAAUUAUGAACAGUAUUGAUGUUGUGGAGAAAUGUUAUGUAUUAACAGAGUUGUAGGUAGUUGGAACAGACUAAUACUUCCUAAUGCUUAAUCAGAUUACAAAUUAUCCAUGUCAAAAAGGGUAUGCAAUAUUGUGCAAGUUUUGAAAAAAUUUGUGGAAAUAUUAGAAAGUAUUUGUGUUUAUAUCACAUUUUCUCUUUUAUAUGAUAAUUUGUAUAAUACAUAGAUUAGAAUAAAAAAAGCACUGUUCAGGAUAACAAAGUCUCAGGAUCUUGUGAAGAAUUUGAAGAAUUCCAGUCAACUUGUGUUUAGCUCACUUGGUCUGAAGAACCAAUGAACUUGCGUCGUCCACGCCCAUCAGUCAACUUUUUUUACAAAUCACUUCUGGUCAUUUUUACACAAUUAGGUCAGAAGCAUCCUUGGAGAACAAAUUUUGUAUAAACGCAGGGUCUCCGCUACCUGAGUUGGAAGGGGUGGGACCUCUUGCUUCAUCAGCAUUAUAUUGACAAUCAGUUGAAAUGUUUGGGUACAGCUAGAUAAUUUCAAAUUUAUUAGCAUCUGCCUUUUCAUUACUAGGUAUUACUGAUAUCAGAAAUCUCUUCAUGUUUACUUUGUAUAGUUUCCUAACAGACUGUAACAAUGUCUAUGUAUUUUCACAUUCCAACCAGACAUAGCCAACAGUUGUAUAUGCUGUCAGUACUAGGUUAUAAUUGGCAUUGAUUUGUAAGUUUUUCCCACAUUACCACUUUGACAGUAUACUUUAUGUAGUUUUAAAGUAAUGUCUUUAAAACAAGAUAAUAUGAAAUGUAAAUUUGUUGGGCUGGUAAUAUUUUUUAUUCUCUAAAUCAAAAUUCAAUCUGAGGGGGAAUUUCGGUGUUAAAGCAGAUUUAUGUUUGAAAUACACCUGGUUAACAAACCAUAUAUAAACUAGGGUUUAUAUGAAUGAGCCAAAAUCCAGAAUAUUUCUUCACCAUCAUAAUGGUUACAUGUAGGUAUUGAUUCUUGUAUCAUUAGUAAUUUCAAAAUCUGAACACAAAAAUGAUAAAUAAAUUCCAUUAUUCUUUCUAAUUUGUAAUUGUUGUGACCUCAUCCUUUUAUCUACACAUGCUGUUUUGAAGACUUAACUGCCACUAGGGCUAUAGAUCUUUGAAUGCCUGAAAUGUCUGUCUGAGGAAUGAUUGAAUGCAUAUCAAACAUCAUGACACAACUGAACAAAUUAUGAAUUAUGCUUUAAAGUGUUGUUACCUAUUAAUCUAAUUAAUAAUGUCAAGCCUUGUUGUAAUAUUUGUGAAAUAUGUACAUUUUUUACUUACAGUCAGAUACAUCAUUGAAUGGUCAUUUCAUCAAAUUGUGGAGAAUAUUUCCCUUCUUGUUGAUUGUGUUAUUGUGUUUAAGUAAUAUAAAUGGUGAUUGAGAUGUUGUGGUUAAUCCUGUGUUACUUUAGAGGGUUACACGGUAUAAACAGAGUACGACUGAUGUAUAACACAUUCCCAUCAGGGUAGAUUUAUCCUGACCUGCAAUUCCUGAAACAAAUUGGAGAUAAUUGAUUAUAAAAUUAACAUGUUCUUUAUUAAUGUAUGUUUGUUGUGAUAUACAUUUGUACGUGUAUCAAGGUAAUGAAAUUUGUAAUGGUGUUCUAUAGGAUAACAAAUCGGCUUAUGGAAAUAAAUCAAGUGUGAAAGAAUGCCUUGCUUUGAUUUGUACAGCUUUUGUUUUAUAUAUAGAGGUUACACAACGAGUGGUUGCUGUAUUUGGUAGCACAUUUACUUCGGAAUUUGUCAAUUAUUUUUCUAAAGUUACAAUAACAUGACCUUUAGCGAGUUUACAAGGGAUCAUUUGACGAUGAAAUUACCUGUUGUCCUGUUUUGUUUACACUAUCAGUUGAAAUGUAAUAUUGAUAUGCAAAACUAACAAUAUUAAUAUUCAGAAAUAUUUGGAAAUAUUAGAAUUGAUUACAAAUUGUAACAAGCAAUUAACAGGUUAAUUAAUUAUCUUCAAAGCAAGAAGUUG